GGACCCCGAGCGGCUGGGCUUCCAGAGCGAACUGAGCGCGCGGGAAUGGCGGUCGCCAGUGAAGCUCUGGGCCUCUUGGUCACCGAGCUGUACGACGUGCAGGCUUUCAAGUUCGGGAGCUUUGUGCUCAAGAGCGGGCUCACCUCCCCGGUCUACAUCGACCUGCGGGGCAUCGUGUCCCGCCCGCGACUCCUCAGUCAGGUUGCAGACAUUUUAUUCCAAACGGCAAAAAAUGCGGAGCUCAGUUUUGACAGUGUGUGUGGAGUUCCUUACACAGCGUUGCCACUAGCUACAGUUAUCUGUUCAACCAAUCAGAUUCCCAUGCUCAUCAGAAGGAAGGAAACAAAGGAUUAUGGUACCAAGCGUCUUGUAGAAGGGGAGAUUAAUCCGGGGCAAACCUGCCUGAUCAUUGAGGAUGUCGUCACCAGUGGGGCCAGUGUUUUGGAAACUGUUGACGUUCUUCAGAAGGAGGGCCUGAAGGUGACUGAUGCCAUUGUGCUGUUAGACCGUGAGCAGGGCGGCAAGGACAAGCUGCAGGCUCGGGGGAUCCGUCUCCACUCCGUGUGCACAUUGUCUCAAAUGCUGGAGAUUCUCGAGCAGCAGCAGAAGAUUGAUGCCGAGAUGGUUGGGAGCGUGAAGAGGUUCAUUCAGGAGAAUGUUUUUGCAGCAGCUAAUCAGAAUGGCAUUCCCCCUCCUGAGAAGAAAGCAUGCAAAGAACUCAGCUUUGGUGCUCGAGCAGAGCUGCCCGGAGUCCACCCGCUUGCCUCAAAACUUCUCAGGCUUAUGCAGAAGAAGGAGAGCAAUCUGUGCCUGUCUGCCGAUGUAUCAGAGGCCAGAGAGCUGCUGCAGCUAGCAGAUACCCUGGGGCCCAGCAUCUGCAUGCUCAAAACUCACGUUGAUAUUCUGAAUGAUUUUACUCUGGAUGUAAUGGAGGAGUUGGCAGCUCUGGCAAAACGCCAUGACUUCUUAAUAUUUGAAGACAGGAAGUUCGCUGAUAUAGGGAACACCGUAAAAAAGCAGUAUGAAGGUGGCAUCUUUAAAAUAGCUUCCUGGGCAGAUGUAGUAAAUGCCCAUGUGGUACCAGGCUCGGGCGUUGUGAAAGGCUUGCAGGAAGUGGGCCUGCCUUUACGUCGAGCAUGCCUGCUUAUUGCAGAAAUGAGCUCCGCUGGCUCCUUGGCCACCGGGAACUACACCAAAGCAGCAGUUGGGAUGGCUGAGGAGCACUGUGGAUUUGUGAUUGGCUUUAUAUCCGGCUCCCGAGUAAGCAUGAAACCAGAGUUUCUUCACUUAACUCCGGGAGUUCAAUUAGAAACAGGAGGGGAUCACCUCGGCCAGCAGUACAAUAGUCCUCAAGAAGUGAUUGGCCAACGGGGUUCUGAUGUCAUCAUUGUAGGCCGGGGAAUCCUUGCAGCGUCUAACCGGCUGGAAGCAGCUGAGAUGUACAGAAAAGCUGCCUGGGAAGCUUAUUUGAGUAGGCUUGCUGUUUAAUGAGAAGAUGCUGAAGAUGACUGAUGUUGUCAAAGCAACAGUGCCUUAUGGUGCUCGGGGUUCUGCACAGAGCCAAUGAGAGACAGACUCUGGAACUAUCAUAUCAUGGUCUUUACGUGUAAUCACUGCCUUGGUACUGUAAUGAGCUUUCGUACAGUACGUACUGUAAAGCUUGCUUUCGUCGAGACUGGUAUUUGUUGGGCAGCCACCACCUUUCUGAUUCCCUUUUCUUUCAGUCAUCUAGUUGUUGUGUGUUGUUUUUGCUCUUUUGGGGGCCUGCCACCCAGCUCCCAAAUAAAUCACACGUGGAGGCUUAUUAGUUAUGAAUGCCCAGCCUUAGCUUGGCUUGUUUCUUGCCAGCUUUUCUUAAAUUAUUGCUUCUGGGCUUGUCUCUUUCUCUAUUUCUGUAUACUUUUUUUUCCUCCUUACUCUGUGACUGGGUAGGUGGUUGGCCCCUGAUAUUCUCUUCUUGUUCUCAGAUUCUCCUAUUUAUACUCUCUGCCUGCCAGCCCCACCUAUCCUUGAUCCUGCCUUGCUAUUGGCCAUUCUUUUCUUUAUUAGGACCAUUAGGUGUUCAGAGUUAUUACACACCUAGAAAUAAUAUUCCCCAACAACUAAUGUUAGCUAGCCACUUACCUCGUUCAGUACCAUGUAGCCGGACCCUUAAAUGGAGCAGGAAUUUGGGUUCAUUCUUCUCAGCAGUCAGUGUAGAAAGCCCCAGCUUCAACUUGCUUCAUCUGGAUGGCAGACUGCUGCAUCUAAGAGAAUAGUAGUACCAGUUCCCCAUUGUCAUUAAUGUCUUUACUAGUGGACUGGAGGCUCAUAAUGGCUCAGUGGUUAAGAGCACUGUUGCUCUUCUAGAGGGUCAGCAUUCGGUUCCCAGCACCCACAUGGUGGCUCACAACCAUCUUGUAACUCCAGUUCCAGGGGAUGCAAUUUCCUCUUGCUUCGGCUCCACAUAAAAUGUAUAAAACUUUUCUUUAAAUUAGUCUUUGCCAGUGCUAAAAGGGAGGAUUCUUACUACAGGAGUGUGGCCAUUGCAGAUGAAAUUCACAGCCUCUCCCUGCCCCGCAUAAACUUGAGCCAUUUCCCCCUUUGGUUCACGUUCUUAACAAGCGAAGCACCAUUACCGUGGUUUCUGCCCUCCACACAUCUUCUGCAGUGCCUUAAGUUCUUAUUCCUGCCAGAAGGAAAGAUCCGUUAGCAGGUAGCUGUGUGUAAACAGUCCAGACUGGGGCAGACUGAUGUGUAUCAGAUGGAAUGGUCAGAGUGAGUCUGUAGGCUACACAUCCAUAAAAAGAUGAGCCACUGCACCUCACUCAGCAAGUAUGCACCCUCUAGUAAAGUGGAGUCAAAGCAGCUAAAGCAGCAAGUGCUUGCAGGAGGCCCAAUUGCAGCAUGAUCCAUUUGCACUAAUGCCUGGAAAAUGCUAAGAAAAUGUCCCUUUUAGGCGGUGUUAGCUUCCUCUUUGUCUCCUGACAUCUGGUAGUUCCAGGAGUCCAAAGGGAUCCUUUCAGUAUUAAGGUGCAAACCUAAAUUAAGGUCCUGAAGUUUCAAAUCCACACAUAUGCACGGUUCCAGAGCGAUCUUUCAGUUCAUUUCUAGAAAACCAGGUCUUCAGGAAAGCGGUCAGAGGGAAAAUACACAUUAGCAUCAUACAUUAAAGUCUUGCAGUAUUCACAUCAGCAUUUUGGGAAAUAGGAAGCAUAAGGUCCUCUUGAGAACACAGACGUCCUGGGUCGAUCCACCCACUAAAUUAACUACAGUACUGUUGGGAGCUAUUGGGGGCUGUUGACCCCUGGACCCUGAAUUCCCUGCGAGCGGCUUGUUUUUUCUAUGCUUGCAGCUGCUGAGCACAAGACUUUGAUAGCAGGCUGGUGGGUCUGCAGCUGAAAUAUCCCGAGAGCUGGGGCAUGACCAGAGCCCUAUAUAAGCUUCCGCUGAGCACAAUAAACUUGACAUUCUUUUAUCAAGGA